AUGGAGCCUGUGGAACUGAAGCCCGAGAGCUUCUACAAUCAUCGCAAUAUGCCCGUCGUGCAGCAACGUGCCUCUGGCGAUCCACCUCGAUUGAAGGCAACACCUAAGGACGAGCUACACGAUCUCCUCUGUAUUGGAUUUGGGCCAGCUUCUCUGGCUAUCGCGAUUGCUCUUCACGAUGCGUUGGACCCGUGUUUGAACAAGUCCGCCCCCUCUGGCUGGCAGCCCAAAGUGUGCUUCCUUGAGCGACAGAAGCAAUUCGCGUGGCACUCGGGCAUGCUGGUUCCGGGCUCAAAGAUGCAAAUUUCGUUCAUCAAGGACCUGGCGACUCUACGCGAUCCUCGCAGUAGCUUCACUUUCCUCAACUACCUCCACCAAAAAGAUCGGCUGAUCCAUUUCACCAACCUGGGCACUUUUCUUCCUGCCCGACUGGAGUUUGAGGACUACAUGCGGUGGUGUGCACGGAGAUUUUCAGAUGUGGUCUCCUACGGAGAAGAAGUGAUUGAAGUAGUUCCGGGAAAGUCUGACCCAAGCAGUACGGUUGUCGACUUUUUCACCGUCAAGUCUCGGAACGUGGCAACGGGCGUGGUGUCUGCAAGAAAUGCACGCAAGGUCGUUGUAGCAAUUGGAGGCACUGCGAAGGUUCCUCCAGGACUUCCACAGGACCCUCGGAUAAUGCAUUCUUCCAAAUAUUGCACUACCUUGCCGGCUCUGCUAAAUAACGACCAAGAGGUUUACAACAUUGCGGUGCUGGGAAGUGGUCAAAGUGCCGCGGAGAUCUUCCACGACCUUCAGAAGAGGUACCCCAAGUCAAAGACCACACUUAUCAUGAGAGAUACUGCCAUGCGACCCAGUGAUGAUUCACCCUUUGUCAACGAACUAUUCAACCCUGAACGAGUCGAUAAAUUCUUCAACCUCUCUCCCGCCGAACGCCAGCGCUCCCUCGCUGCCGAUAAAGCGACCAACUACAGUGUUGUCCGACUCGAACUGAUCGAGGAGAUCUAUCACGACAUGUACAUCCAGAGGGUUCAGAAUCCUGAUGAAACGAAAUGGCAGCAUCGCAUCCUCCCCAACCGGAAGAUCACGCGGGUUGAACACUACGGGCCCAAUAGUCGGAUGCGCAUUCACCUAAAAUCUGCCAGAGAGGAAGCCAAGAACGCAGUCGACGAAGGCAAGGAAACCUUGGAAGUGGACGCCUUGAUGGUGGCUACGGGCUAUUUCCGCAAUGCGCAUGAGCGGCUCCUAGGGAGUGUGCAGCAUCUGCGCCCGGUGGGCCAGGAAGAGUGGAGCCCGAACCGGGAAUAUCGGGUUGAACUAGAUCCUGGUAAAGUCAGCGCGCAGGCUGGAAUCUGGCUGCAAGGAUCCAACGAGAAAACACAUGGUUUGAGUGACAGUCUUCUGUCGGUUCUUGCAUCCCGUGGUGGAGAGAUGGUACAGUCAAUUUUUGGAAACCAGCUCGCGGGCGCAGUAUUGGCAGACACUCCCAAAUACCGUGCUAUGCUUUAG